GUUGGAGCGGCUUUGCCUGUUGAUGUCUUGGUAUACGAGGAGAAGACUCUGUCUGCGAUAUUAAGGGUCAUUAGCAGUGGCCUUGUCAAGCUGUGGAGUGCCCUGACAUUGCUGGGCUUCUACCAGAACCGGAGGUGUGCUGUUCGAGUGCUGCAGACAUCCCCAUUUCUUCUGGCGUUAUCUGGCAACAGCAGAGAGCUCGUCUUGGACUGA